AUGGCGGAUGUUGAGGAGCGACUUGAUGAUGUCCUAGAGAAGGUUCUGGAAGAAUCCGGGGGUUUGGGGAAACUUCAAUGGCUGCUUAUAUUCGUCAUCGUCGGAAGUAAACUCGCAAUCACAUGGAGCAUGUUCAUGAUGACAUUUGCCGGAAGUACACCUGAUUGGUGGUGCGUUUCGCAGAAUGGAACUUCCGGUUUGAAUGACAGUAGAAUAGAAUCACUUAGAUCAUGCAGGCCCCCUGUCAAUACAUCCGCCGCUGGAGAUACCUGUUUAUCAAUACUCUUUAGCAAUGAGAAAAACACAGUAGUAAAUGAAUGGAAUCUGAUUUGUGAGGAAGAAUGGAUAACCUCUAUCAUAACUACCAUGCAGUUUGUCGGACUUCUGGCCAGUGGCCUCAUUGCGGGUCAAGUUGCUGACCUUAUUGGUCGCAAACCCACCUUACUCCUGUCUCUUACCCUCCUGGCCUCCAGCAACCUAGUCUGUGGAUUCUCCUACUCCUGGGAGAUGUUUGCUUUUGCUCGAGUCCUGAUUGGAUUAGCCUGUGGGAUGUACUUGACGGUGUUCUUUAACUUUGUGUUGGAGUUUAUUCCUACUAAGUACCGAGCGAUGAUAAUGGCGAUCGACACAUGGCCGGUUAAUGCAGCACUCUUUGGUCUCAUCUCCUUCUGGUUAAAGGACUGGCAAUUUCUACAUUUUGCCACCUCUCUUAUAACUAUUCCAUUCCUUUUAGGGACGAUUAUGGUGCCUGAGAGUUUCAGGUGGCUGGUUUCUCACUACAAAACGGAGAAAGCCAAGAAAGUUAUAGAAAGAAUUGCUUUCAUUAACGGUAAAGAGAAACCAGAUGUGACGAAACUGAUUGCAAUAACCCAGAAAGAGGCUGAAGCGGAGGCAAAAAAGAGUUAUUCUAUUUUGGACAUAUUCAGAGAUUCAAAGCUGACAAAGCAUUCAUUCUUGCUUUGGUUUAUUUGGCUUUCUAGCGGUUACUCUUACUACGCCAUUUCAUUUGGUGUGGAGGAGCUCUCUGGAGAUCUCUACCUUAAUAUAAUUCUCCUAAGUACAGUGGAAAUCCCGGCACAGGCAGUCACGUGGUACUUCAAUAACAGUAUUGGUAGACGGUGGACAUGCUUUAUGUUUUAUAUGGUCGCUGCUGUUGGUGGUUCAGCGGUUGGGUUUGUUCAGGUUCUUGAUCCUACAAACAGCCAUGCCAUCAUUAACGUAUUUGCUAUGAUGGCUAAGCUGGGAGUAGCGGCAGCGUGGGCCGCUCUCAAAACGUUUACAACGGAGACGUAUCCCACCGUCGUCAGAAACAUUGGUUACGGUUGCGCAAAUUCAAUUUCCGGUGUUGGCGCCAUGGUAGCUCCACAGAUUGUUCAAAUGGUAAGACUUGUCUUGUAA